GGACCAGAGAUACCGUUUGAGAUGACGAUUAAAUUAUGUUAUCAUCAUCGCCGGCGGUCAUCACCGCCGCACAUCCACCUCCGUCGUCAGAAACGUACCAAAUUCCUCUAUCCUCGCCGUCGCCGCAGAUUAUUACCCGCCGAGACCUGUUCAAGACUCUCUCCGUAUGUAUCGCCACACCAUCAUCACUCACCGUCGCACCAGCCAACGCACGCGGCCUCUUUCAAAUGCCGCCUCUCCGUCUCUCUAAUCGUUAUUACCUUGUGAGGGCUGGGGAAUCUGAUUACGAAAGCUUAGGGAUCAUCAACACAAACCCGGUGGCCAAAACAUCGGUUGAUAGUGGAUUAUCAGAUAAAGGUAAGAAGCAGACUGUGAGAGCUGCGUUACAGUUAAAGGCAAUGGGAGCUUGUGAUCGAAACUGUUGGCUUUGGCCUUCCAUUACACAGAGAGCUUAUCAGGCUGCUGAAAUCAUUGCCUCCAUCAAUGGGAUUAGUCGCAGGGGUAAAAUUGUCAUUUCUAUCCAAGACUAUUCCAAUGUGGUUAGUUACCGGUUUACUCGAUUCAAAUUCAGAAACGAACCAAUUAUCAAAACCGGAAUGUGCGGUUCACAAUUGUGGCUUUGUUUUGUAUCCCUUAAAACACGGAGGACCAGAGAUACCGUUUGA